AUGUCGCGAAAACCUGCCGAUGUGGCGUCGAAGGAGCGCAACGAGUACAUCCCGUCCUUCAUUUCCAAGAAGCCCUUCUACAUCGACGACGAUGACUCCGCGAACGAUUAUCUCGAGCAUCAACGUCUGAAUAAAUCGACAACCGAUCAGUCGAAAUGGUACGAACGUGGAAAGCGCGUCGGCCCUGCUGCCACCAAGUACCGGAAAGGCGCGUGCGAAAAUUGUGGCGCCAUGACACAUAAAACCAAAGAAUGCUUAAGUCGACCGCGAAAGCAAGGCGCCAAGUGGACGGGGAAAGAUAUUCAGGCCGACGAGGUGAUACAAGAUGUGAACAUGGGAUGGGACGCAAAGAGAGACCGGUGGAAUGGCUACGAUCCCAGCGAGUAUCGCCAGGUCGUUGAAGACUAUGAGGAAUGGGAAAAGUUGAAAAAGGUUGCAAAGCGGGACGUCGAAGAUGGGCAAAGGGCCAUUACGGAUGGCGACCCAGACGGUGAAGACGCAACGCAGGAAGAAGCUCGAUACGCCGAGGAAUCCGACAUGGGAAGGCAACAGAGUACAGCGACUCGCAACCUACGUAUUCGGGAAGAUACUGCCAAAUAUUUGCUCAACCUCGACCUCGACUCCGCGAAAUACGACCCUAAGACACGUCGGAUGGUUGACAUGGGAGCUCAGGAUGACCAAGCAGCUGCUCUCGUUGCUGAGGAAAAUUUCGUUCGCGCGUCCGGCGAUGCAGCCGAAUUUGAGAAAGCCCAGAAGUAUGCCUGGGAGGCUCAAGAGACUGGCGCGCAGAAAAUCCAUCUACAAGCAAACCCGACGUCCGGAGAGAUAUUGCGAAAACAGGAGAAAACCCAAAGCGAAGACAAGCGACAGAGUCAGCGAAAAGCGCUGUUGGAGAAAUAUGGUGGACAGGAGCAUUUGCAACCAACGCCAUUGCGCGAUACUAUGGUCGUUGAAAACGAACGGUUCGUUGAAUAUGACGAAACGGGAGCUAUCAAAGGAGCGCCUAAGAAGGCGGCCAAGUCCAAGUAUGCGGAGGAUAUCUUCCCUAAUAAUCACACCUCGGUCUGGGGAAGUUGGUGGCAUAACUUUGAAUGGGGUUACUCCUGCUGUUUCUCCACCGUUAAGAACAGCUACUGCACUGGUGAAGAUGGAAAGAAAGCCUUUGAAGAGGCAGAUAAGAUGUUGAUGCUGGAGGAAGUCGACGGGGGGAAUGAAGACCCAGCUACUGAAGCUGCCGAGGCCGACGAUGUUCCUCAGUCUCACAGCCCAGAACGAGCUGAGCAGGAGACCAAGCCUAGCUCGAAGAAGAGAACGUUGAUGGAAGUACAGUCUGGCAUCACGGAAGAGGAGCUGGAAUCAUACAAGAAGAGUCGUCUUGAUGCGGACGAUCCCAUGGCUGCGUUCAUAGGGAAAGACACGGUGGAGUAG